UGUAAACUCCGUUCUCUUCUGUAAACACAACAAACAAACAGUCUCUUUAUAAAUUCAAAUGCGAGUACUAUUUCCUCGCUAUUACACUCUUAAAACAAAUCCAAUUUCAUCAUCUUCUCCAUUAAUCUCUUUACAAUCCUACUCUUCAAACAUGUCUUCUUCAGUCAUAAUUCCAUCUAUUUCUCUUCCAAAGAUCUCUUAUUCUGAUUCUUUGAAGAGUUGUUCGAGUUUUUCUGGGUCCAGAAAUGGAGUUAGAUUGUUUAAUUCGAAGAAUGUUGAUAAAUCUAGGGUUUCAAUGAGUGUUUCUGUUGGAUCCAAGACUACUGUUGAUGAUGCUUUGUUUUCUGAUUAUAAAGCUACUACUGCUUUUCUAUUUCCUGGUCAGGGUGCACAAGCCGUGGGAAUGGGUAAGGAGGCUCAGAAUGUGCCUGCUGCUGCUAACUUAUAUAAUAAGGCAAAUGACAUACUCGGUUUUGAUCUUCUUGACGUUUGCACCAAUGGACCUAAAGAUAAACUGGAUUCAACAGUUAUAAGUCAGCCUGCUAUCUAUGUCACAAGCCUUGCUGCAGUUGAGGUAUUGCGUGCUAGGGAUGGAGGUCAGCAGAUAAUCGAUUCAGUGGAUGUCACUUGUGGUCUAAGUCUGGGAGAAUACACCGCCCUUGCAUUUGCAGGAGCUUUUAGUUUUGAGGAUGGACUCAAGCUGGUCAAACUGAGAGGAGAAGCCAUGCAGGAUGCAGCGGAUGCAGCUAAAAGUGCCAUGGUCAGUGUCAUUGGACUCGAUUCAGAAAAAGUCCAACUGUUAUGUGAUGCUGCUAACGAAGAAGUAGAUGCGAAAGACAAAGUUCAGAUUGCAAAUUUUCUUUGUCCUGGAAAUUAUGCUGUUUCUGGAGGCGUGAAGGGAGUGGAAGCAUUAGAAGCUAAGGCCAAGUCAUUCAAGGCUCGAAUGACGGUACGUCUUGCUGUUGCUGGUGCUUUCCACACUAGCUUCAUGAACCCAGCUGUUUCAAGAUUGGAAGCUGCUCUAGCGGCAACAGACCUUAGAACCCCUAGAAUACCAGUCAUAUCCAAUGUCGAUGCACAACCACAUGCAGAUCCCGCAACAAUUAAGAACAUAUUAGCGCGCCAGGUAACUUCUCCUGUUCAGUGGGAAAUGACAGUGAAAACCCUUCUAGACAAAGAGGUCCAGAAGAGCUAUGAACUGGGUCCUGGAAAGGUGAUAGCUGGAAUUGUGAAACGAUUCUCCAAAACUGCUGUUGUUGAGAACAUUGGAGCCUAAAGAAAUUUAAUAAUUUCAAGGAGGUUAUAUUUUGUGCCUUUUGUAUUUAACCCGGAUAGGAUAUCUUAGAAAGAAUAUCUGCUUCACAGGCUAGGUUAUGGUUACUAUGUUAGCUACUUAGCUAGGGGAAUGAAGACUUGGAUGAUACUUUGCUUGCACCUGUGGGGAAUGUACGAGUUUGGCGCGAAAUUUUGCAGGUUGCUCAAAAUGAUCCACCGUGUUAGGAACAGUAUUUCAAGUAUUUACGAUUUUAAUUGUAGUUUAUUUUAUCAAUUAAUUUAUUUAUGGUGCAUUAUGUGAUUUUAGUUAACGUAUCCACUUCAGUGAGGUGUAUGCUUUAAUCUUAGAACACUCGAAAAGUUUAUUUUAUAUGAAGUACCAGCAUGUUGUUCUAGUCA